AGAUGGUUUCCCUAAGGGUUAGUACGACCCUAUUUUACACUCUUUGCUACUAGGGUGUCUUUUUGUUACCGCCGCAAAGCAACAUUGGAGCCGUUGUUGAGGAAGGAAAAACAAGAAGAGGAAGACGAGAAGAAGAGGACAUGCCUUUGUGGUUUAUCGGCGCAAAGACGGAGAGAUGGUGGUGGUUAUGAUGGUUUUUGGAGAGGAACAGGGGGCUAUGAUGGUGGUGGCGACUGAGACAAAGACGGGAAGACGAAGAUGGUGGUGGUGGCUGAGACUAACACGGGGAAACGGAGAUGGUGGUGGUGAGGACUUUGUGGUUGAUCGGCGGGGAAUACAAGGGGAUAGUGGUGGUGGAUGCCAUUGUUAGAUCUGAGCUUCUUUAUUCAAUUUUUUUUUUGUUUUUUUAUAUAUAAUAUUACAAGGAGGUCACUUGAUGCACAUUUUAUGUAUAUCAGGCUGAGCAACUGGGGCCUCCUUAAAUGGAAGGGUAAAUUUGUACAAAAAAGUACUUUUAGAUAAAACUAUUAACACAAUUAGGGCAUGUCAACUUAGGUAAUUGGGGUAGGUUUAGUGAGGUAAGGUCUAUUUCAAAUUUAAGUCAUGCAAAAUAUUGUAUACAUGUAAGUUAAAAUUUGAAUCGGUUUUUUUAGGGUCGGGUUGGAUCGGGACAUCGUCUCUUUUUUACAAAAUGGUUUAAACCUAAACCUUGUGCUUGUUUAAGAACAUUUUGAUUUUCAUACCCAAACCCAUAAUGGGCGUUUGGUUCACAAAGUGGUAUGAGUUUGAAAUUAGGAAUGAAAUUAGGGUGUUAUGGGGUUGAAACUUAAUUGGUUCUUAAUACAUUGUGUUUGGUUGUUGCUCGGGAAUGAAUUUUUUCUUUUUAUUUGAUACCUAAAAGUGUGAUUUGAGCCAUACCCACCUUCCCUUGGGUUUCUAUACUCCAUACCUUGUGGGUUUGAGGUAUAGGUUUAUAAAUUAAAUUUUUUAAAACAAAUGUGAGGUACCUCAUACCUAAAACCUAUAAACCAAACAUCGUAAAGUAUGAGCUUUAGAAAUCCAAUGGAGGAGGUGAGUAUGGCUCGUACAAAACCUCAAUAUAUCAAAAAAAAACAUUCUCAAACAACAACUAAAUACAAGGUAUUACCGUGUUAACAAUCAAGUUCCAAUGUCGAAUAAUAGUGCGAGUGAUUUAUUUACAAUUUUGUGACCAUAAAAUUGCAAAAACCAUUAACUUUUUUAAUUUUUAAUUAGUGAACAGUAGUGCUACAAACGCCCAGCCCCUAAACUAUACGUCUAAACCCAAGAAACAAAUAAAAUUUGGCCAGAAUUUAAACCCUCGAAUUUUUCUCUCUUCAUUCUCCACUAAUCCAAAAAUAUCCACAAACUAUCCUUCAAAUUUCUACGAAUUUCAACGACGGCUUGAAAUUGCUCCUUUUAUUUUCGUCAAUUUGAUCUCUAAUACAACCCCAUUCAUGCUUACGUCUCCAAUGAUCGACCUGUCCUUCAUCAUUUUGCAAAAUUAGUCUUAAAAAAAAACAAUGGAAAAGAAGGCCCAAAAGAAAAUGCUUAUAGAGAGGAAAAUACAACAGCCCAAGGAAAUUGAACCAUCACAAGGUGAAACUUCUUUUAGUUGUGAAAUCAAGCCGAGUCAUAUGGGAGAAUAUGAAACUCAUGAAAGAGAUCCUACCAUAAUCAAUGAUCAACAAUCAUGUGAUGGCAAUGACAAUGGCGAAACAUCUUUUAGUUAUGAUGAUACCUAGCUGUGUCUGAUUGGAGAAGAUGAAAGAGAUUCUACGACAUUAAAUAAUCAACAUUCACCUAAUGCUAAUGACAAUGUUUCACCUUUUACAGAAACCCAGCAAGAAGAAGAUUACACAUAUGAUAAUGACCUGAGUAUUGGUGAAUGUUUGCUUGGACGUGAAGUUUUAGAUCUCGAUGAUGCACUAAAUCUAUAUAAGGCUCAUGCAAGAGCUCUUGGGUUUAGUGUUAGGAAGGGGACAUCAAGGAGAAGGUGCAGUAAUAGUGUCAUUUUUGAAAAGUACUUUGUUUGUUCAAAGGCUGGUUUAAGAAACAAAGGCAAAAAAGAAGUGCAAACGAAGAGCAUUGUUGGGAUUCCAACCACUGAAGGAUCUGCUUCAACUACCAGUCAAAAGAAAAGGAAACUUAGAGUAGUCAAUGAGACCCGCACAGAUUGCAAAGCAUAUAUACGGUUUAAGAUGGAUAAGGAAGGCAGAUUUAUUGUUGCUGAUCAUAACAUAAUCCAUAACCAUGACUUUGUAAAACAGGAAGAAUGUCAUUGUCUGAGGUCAAAAUUAUCUACCUCAAAAUGUGUAGGCAAAGUUAUUGAAACAAUGGUGACUUCAGGUAGUAAGCAAAUGGAUUGCUGCAAAUACUUGUGCAUUGCAGAUAAGGAGAAAGAACUUGAUGGUCACACAAAGACGGAUUAUCUGAAUAUUGUUUCAAGGCUUAAGAUAAAGAAUUCAAAGGGUGGUGACAUGCAAAAUGUAUUAGAUGUCAUGCAACGAAGGACAACUGAUGAUAAUUCUUUUUUCUACAGGGUAAAAGUUAAUGAUGAUAAUCAAAUUGUGAGCAUAUUUUGGCGUGAUUCAAUGAUGUUGGAAGACUACAUAGCAUAUGGGGAUGCAUUAAUAUUUGACACGACAUAUAGAAUAAAUAGAUAUAAUUUGAUAUGUGCCCCAUUUUUUGGAAUAAACAACCAUUGGAAAACCACGAUGUUUGCUUGUGCCUUUAUUUUUGAUGAGAAGACGGAAAUAUUUGAGUGGCUUUUGGAAACCUUCAAGAAUUCUAUGAGUGGACUUGCACCAAAGUCCAUAUUCACCGACCAAAAUUUAGAGUUGCCAAAUGCAAUUGCAAAGGUAUUCCCAAAUUCAAGACACCGUCUAUGUAUUUGGCACCUCCAAACAAAUUUUAUUUCUAAUUUUGAAAUGCUUGGAAGCAAUCCUACUUUUAAGGACAUCUUCAACAAGUGCUUGACUGGAUGUGACAAUGAAGAAGAGUUUUUGAGGUGCUGGACAGAGAUGAUCAGCACAUAUGACCUUGAAGAAAGUAUUUGGUUUUCACAGCUAUACAAAUUGAGGGAUAAGUGGUGUACAACUCUAAGCAAAGACUUCUUUUCAGCUCGAAUUUUGUCUUCACAGAAAGUAGAAAUGAUAAACAGGGCUGUAUCAUUUGGAGCUAAUCAGACAACAAGCUUAUUUGAGUUUUACCAGAGGAUACAGUGAAACAUUGGCGUAACAUUGAAGAAAGUGAUAACUUUAAAUGUACAACUGAAAGACAUCCUGCAAGUGAAUCGCGAUGCAAGCUCUUAAAACACGCUGCUGAAGUAUAUACACUGGAUUUAUUUGAUGACUUUCAAAAAGAGUUUGAUAUGGCAAUGGGUAGUUACAUUCGAGCAGUUGCAAAUCAAGGAUGUUUUAAGAUUUAUUAAGUUUCACUUUAUGAGGACUUUACACAAAGUCACAAGGUUCAAUAUGAUAAUGAAUUCCUUGAACUUUCUUGUACCUGCAUGAGUUAUCAAGAAUGUGGCUUGCUGUGCUAUCAUAUUUUGAGGGUUAUGCACAUGCACUGCAUUUUCGAGAUCCCAAAGAAAUACAUUAUGAAGCGUUGGACUAAGUUAGCAAAGUCUGAGAUUUGGACUAAACACAAAGAUGAUGAUGCAUCAACAGUCGAGGAUAAGAAGGAGCUGCAAACACCGUGGCGUCACACAAUGGCUCGUAGUUUCUAUGAUCUCCUGACCACAUGCCAAGUUAACGAGCAUGCUAAAAAAUUAUGUGAACAAGGGUUAAGUGAUAUGUGCAAUGCUGUCAAACCAAAAUUUUCCAACAAAUGAAAUCAACACUUCUGACGACUGCUAAGGCGAAGAGAAUGCGGUAUGUGGUAACUCUAUAAUCAACGAACUAAAAUGUGAGUGAUUGGUUACUGAGGUGGUGCAGGGAGUGGAUGCAGCUGUAUACAUCAGUGACUUUGCUUGCUAAGCACUUAGAUGCAGAUGCAUUUGUAACACAAUUCAACAGCUGUAGAUAUGUUUGAAACUUGGAACGGUGCAGCAUCUUGCUGAAAUUUGCGGUCUGGUCUGAGCUAGGUAGACAUUACUGGGCAUUUGACAAAUUCUGCUGCAGUUUAUCUGUCCUCUCAUCAGUGCCAAAUUGAAUACAAUUUGCUGCACUAAGAUUUGAUUAGUGAGGGCCUGCUUUGUGUAACAACUUAAUUUCUGCUUAUGUUGGUAUAUUGAGAUAGACCUUGACUGCUAUUGCAGUUUGAAGAUAUUUCAGAUGCUGGUUCUGGUUUCUGGAUUUUGAAGAAUAUAGAAGAUUUUGUGCAGCUGUACAGAGCCUUGCAAUAGUAUCAGUACAUUGCUCUAUAUGAUCAGUGACGAAUGAACUGCCGGAUUUCAGAUUGCUAGCUGCAGCAGAUUUUGGACUUGCCCUGCAGAUAAGUUGUAAAUCGAGUCCAAGUUUUCGUCUUAAUCGUUGCUGUAAUUAUCUUUGAGAAUUAUGCUAUAGCUUAUUUUUGAGUACUGAGAUAACCUUCAUUGUGAAUCAUUAUCGUACAUAACUGUUAGAUAUGUUGUAAAUACUAAUUUGAUCGUCGAUAUAAUUUGUAAAUGGAACUAGAAUGUUUUACUCCGUGUUAUGAAGUUAAAGAACUCUGCUACGGCUAACUUUAAAGAACUGUUGGUGUAGCAAGUGGAUUUGACAUCAAAACACAAUCUAGAUUUCUUUUAAUA